AUGUCAUCGCACGAAAACAAAAUUCGACAAGGUUCAUCGGCACCACGACAAAAACGUAUUAAAGUCGCUAAUCCAAUUGUUGAAUUGGAUGGUGAUGAAAUGACACGUAUUAUUUGGGCAUGGAUUAAAGAAAUGCUUGUUCUUCCUUAUGUCGAUGUAGAUUGCAAAUAUUACGAUUUAGGGCUUGAAAAUCGUGAUAAAACAGAUGAUAAAGUUACUGUUGAUUCAGCACAUGCUAUUCAACGUUAUAAUGUUGGUAUUAAAUGUGCUACAAUUACACCUGAUGAACAACGAGUAGAAGAAUUUAAAUUAAAAAAAAUGUGGCUUUCACCAAAUGGAACUAUUCGAAAUAUUCUCGGUGGUACUGUCUUUCGUGAACCAAUUAUUUGCAAAACAAUUCCGUUAUUAGUUCCGGGCUGGAAACAACCAAUUAUUAUUGGUCGUCAUGCUUUUGGCGAUCAAUAUCGUUGUCAAGAUAUGGUUAUUAAAAAUCCCGGACGUGUUACAUUAAAAUAUGCACCAGCUGAUGGUUCACCAGCAACAGAAGUUGAAGUUUUUAACUUUACUAAAUCAGGUGGUGUUUCAUUAGCUAUGUAUAAUACCGAUGAAUCAAUCACAGGCUUUGCUCAUUCAUGUUUUCAAUAUGCACUUAAAAAAAAUUAUCCAUUAUAUCUGUCAACAAAGAAUACAAUUCUUAAACGAUAUGAUGGUCGUUUUAAAGAUAUAUUCGAAGAAGUUUAUCAACGACAAUAUAAACAAGAUUUUGAAAAAAAUAAAAUUUGGUAUGAACAUCGUUUAAUCGAUGAUAUGGUUGCACAAGCACUUAAAAGUAGUGGCGGUUUUGUUUGGGCAUGCAAAAAUUAUGAUGGUGAUGUACAAUCCGAUAUUGUUGCACAAGGUUAUGGUAGUCUUGGUCUUAUGUCAUCAGUACUUGUUUGUCCUGAUGGUAAAACAAUUGAAGCUGAAGCUGCACAUGGUACUGUAACACGUCAUUAUCGUGAACAUCAAAAAGGAAAAUCAACAAGUACAAAUCCAAUUGCAAGUAUUUAUGCUUGGACACGUGGUCUUGAACAUCGUGGUAAACUUGAUGGAAAUGAAGAACUUCAACGUUGGUGUCGUGUACUUGAAGAAGCUUGUGUUGAAACAGUUGAUUCACAAAAAAUGACUAAAGAUCUUGUUGCUUGUAUUCAUGGAUUGAAAAAUGUCAAAGAAGGAAUGUAUUUGAAUACCAAAGAUUUUAUUAAUGAAAUUAAAGUAACAUUGAACAAAAAACUUAAUUAUGCUAAUUAA